UUAUUUUUUUUAACAAAAUCGCGUUACAGAGAAUCACAACACGACCAAAGCAGAAGGAUGUUUUAUCAGCGGUCAGGGCCGGUGGAUAUAAAGCAGAAUCAGCACUUAACAAAAACAAACAAACAAACAAACAAAGCCACCACAACAACCAACCAAAGCCACAAGAUACACCCUCACUCCGUCUCGGAAUACUCCCCACCCCCUCCGCCUCAGUGCCCGCCCCUUCCCGUCCGGGAGCCGGGCGUCAGCGCCGCGCUCGGUUGUGCUCGCUGUGGUCUUCGCUGCAGCCGCGGUCGCGCCGCCGCCGGGCGCUAUGGGGGCCCCGCUGGCCCUAAUGGUGCUGACGGCCCUGGUGGCUCCCGGCCAGAACGCGGACCCCCGCCAGGAGCGGCCGCCCGCAGUGCCUUCACCAACAGGAAUGUUAGUCACAUCCAAAAAUUUCAGAACUGUCUUGCACUGGCAGUACCCAUCCAUGUCUGAACCUCCUUAUUUUGUUGUGGAAGUCAAACCUUACCACCUUGGCAACUAUACAACUGUCUCAACUUGUGUGAACAUCUCAGCUACUUCUUGCGAUCUAUCAAAGGAAAUAGAGGAAAUUUUUCUGUCUUACUGGUUUCGUAUUAAAGCUAUUGUUGGAUCACAACAGUCUGAGUACGUUGAGACAGAUGAGUUUGUUUUGCAAAAGCAUGGAAAAAUUGGACCACCGAAGCUGAAUCUCUCAAGGCACGGUGCUGAAAUCAUAGUUGAUAUUUACAAUCCUGAAUUUCCAUCUGUGGAGGUUCACCCUUGGCUUGAAAGAGUUUAUUCAGAGCUCUCAUACUCAGUGAUGUUUAGAAAUAGAGAAAGUGAGAGCAGAAAAAAUUUCACUGCAUCAGAUUGUGAGAUGAGUGAGUGUAGCCUGAACAUUCCAGUUCCUUCUGAAGGUUCUACGUACUGUGUUUCGGCAAACGGACAUUUCUAUGAUGAGCUGAUAGUUGGUGACCAGUCGGAAGAAAGUUGCAUUGAGAUUCUUCCCGAGCAGGCUUGGAGUACGCUAAUUACUAUAAUUGUAUCUUCAAUUAUAGUGAUUGUGGGCCUGAUUUUGACAGUAAGUUUUGGCUGCAAGAAACUAAGGAAGAAAAACAUAAAGCUGCCUAAAUCUUUGGUCAGUGUGAUAAGAAACCUGAAUGCAGACAACAGCUUUGAAUCAAGAUUAGAAGCAAAAGACAUUUGUGCAGUAAGCGUCAUGCCAGUCCCAUCUGUGAGUGUCCCAUCAUCAAUGAAUGACGAUGAAGCCUUGCUGAAAAUGGAGUCAGAAGAAGCUGUUACUCCUGAGAAUUUCAGUGAAGGAACAUCUUCUGGUCCUCCUCUGGAGGCAUCAGACAAAGUGGAAGAGAUCUCUGUACGGGAAGAUACAGAAGUACCUUCUGAUGUUGAACAGAAUCAUAAAGAAAAAGAAAGUCAUUUCAUUUCUGAUAGUAGCCAAACAGAUGUAUGUAGUAACUCCUCAGGACCAGUGAUUUCUGCUACAGAAAUUCGACAAGCAGUCAUUCCAAGCAGCUGUCCUAAGUUUUCUGGCUAUGACAAGCCUCAUGUGCCGCUAGAUAUGUUGAUAGACGUUGGUGAAGAACAGCCUGUGAUUGCAUACAGGUCAACAGAAUAACUGGUAUAGCUGAAAUGUUUAACCAGAGCUUGUAAACAGCAGCAUUACUGAAGAGAACAAAGAGCCUAGGCUAUGUUUUGGAUGUCUACAGGUUGUGCUUGUACUGAUGGAAACAGCAUAGCCAGGAUCCAACUUAAUGCAAUGGAAUCUUGAAAUGGAACUGAGAAUAGUGCCUGAAAACUGUAUUAAAAACUUUGGGGAAAAAUUCAUGAUAGCCUGUCUCUUAUAGAAAAGUUUGUGUGUAGGACGUGGCUUACUAUUUCUUGUUUGAACAGAAUAACUGUGUUGUUUGAACAGUACUCCAUGAAGAGCAAAGGUUUUAUUGGGGAGUGUAAAAAGAGCUGCUGUGUCAACUAUUCCCUUUCAAGUACUCUAUUCCCUUGUUUCAAGUACUCUUCAAAGUUAAUGAACUAAAUGCUUAACGAG